UAGAGUAUUUAUUUAUAAUUGAGAGUGAUGUUAACUUGUCAAUUGCUGAGUAUGUGGUUUAUGAGUAAUUUCAAGUACUUAUUUAUGUUUUCUAUGUAUUUACAGUAAAUCACAUCAAGUCACGUCACAUCACAUCAUGUUACGUCAUCAUACAUGUCGCUGUCACUGGAAAUAAAGAUGUGCAUUUACAAAAGGAGUUAAAUUCUCUGUCUAUGAACUUACAUGAUGAUAGUCAGUACAACAUUUACAACUUAGAAGAUUCUUGUUCAUAGAAGUUCAGGAAAGAGGCGUCAUGGCAACUGGUGAUACACGAGAAGAGUCAAGACUUCAAACCUUAACAAAAAAAGGCUUGGAAUAUCAGAUGGACAGAAAAUCUAAGUAUCGACGAGCAUGUGAGGGUGCACUUGUAGCUUUGAGUGACAAUAUUCAACAGUUAUUGAUUACAUCAACAGAUGCGAAUGAAGUGAAAGAACUCCACAAGAAAUGGUUGAAAGCUUAUGAUGAACUGUUAUAUUCUCACGAAAGUUUUCAGGAUCUUUUGAAACAGUCUUCUGAAGAUGAAGAAAAAGAUGACAAGGAAUUCCAGGAAAGGAAUAAGAGAUUUCAGGAAGUGAAAGAUUCUGUGGAACAGUGGUUCGCAAAACAUGCAAGAGAACGUACACCAAGUCAAGUAUCGUUUGAUGCAAAAUCUGUGAAAUCCAGACGGUCACAUUCGUCAAAAGCUUCGAGUCAAAUUUCCCUGGAGAAAUUAAAAGAAGGUCAACGAAAAGCAGAAUUGUUAGCCAAAGCAUCAGCGUUAGACGAACAACGAAAGUUAGAAGCAGCCAAACUUGAACUGAAAAUGAAAGAAGAAGAGCUGAAAAUUAAAACUGAGCUUAAGAUAAGUGAUGCGAGAACCAGAUUACUAGAAGAACUAGAAAGAAGUGAGCUGCAUGACCAACAACUGGAAAACUCUCUCAUCAAUGAAAAUCAAGACAGGAAUGUGACUUUUCAUCUUGAUCCUAUGAAUGCGCUUGCAAGUGAGAUCUCUACUCCAAAUAUAAGUCAUCGACCUGUGCCACAUAUUGGUAAUUCAGCAUUGCUAACACCCAUACAGGAUUUCAAACCUGAAUCAACUAGUGAAAUUCAGACUGUAGCUCGUGAAUUGAACAAACCAAAGGCUGAAAUACAGAAGUUUGAUGGUAACCCUAUGAACUACACAAAAUUCUUAAGACAAUUCAAUGCUAGAAUUUGCUCCAACACAGACUCUUAUGAAGAACUUUUGAACUUUUUGUUACAGUUCACUGUUGGUGAGGCCCAAAAAAUCGUAACUGGUUAUUCAUAUCUGGAUGCGGAACGUGGAUACAAAGCGGCACUGGAAGAGUUAAAGGAUCGCUAUGGUGAUCCUGAUAUCAUAGCGCAAGCAUAUGUAAAGAAAGCGCUUGACUGGCCAGUAGUGAAACAAGAAAAUGCAAAAGAUUUAGAUCAGUUUGCUAUAUUCCUGCGUGAGUGUCAAUAUGCAGUAGAAAACAUUGAUGCGGGCCGUGUUCUGGAAUAUUCUGAAAAUUUGAAACUUUUGGUAAAAAAACUCCCAUUUUAUCUUCAUGAUAAAUGGCGGAACUGUGUAUAUGAUCUGAAAGAAAAGAAACUAUCAGUGAAAUUUUACCAUCUGGUCGACUUUGUUAGGAAAGAAGCCAAAAAAGCAACCGACCCCAUAUAUGGAAAAGAAAUGAUGAGUACUCCAAGUACAGCCAACAAACGCUUACAAGACCACAAGAAAUCAGAGACACGUAAGAACUUCACCGUGAAAACCGAUUCAAGAUCCAUGAGUGAUAACAGUGCUACACAGAUGAAAACAUUUUCAAGACAAUGUAUAUACUGUAAGGGAGCUCACUCAUUAGAUAUGUGCUUAAGUAUCACUAUCCUACCUCUUAGAGACAGAUAUGCAUUCUUGAAAACAAAUGGGCUGUGUUUUUCUUGUCUAAAAUCUGGACAUCUGAAAACUAACUGUCGACAAAAGAUGUCAUGUGCUCACUGUAACAAGUCUCAUCCUUCCAUUCUUCAUGUUGACCCUAGACAGAAUGAAGAACCAAACACUGCUACAAGAGAAUAUAAAGCUAGUGAAACUCCGUUGUCGGCUACGUACGUCAUCUACAGUUCAUAUGGGGGCUGGUAA